AUGGCGGCCCCUAGCGAGUCGUUCGCCAAGUUUUUAUCCAACGCCUUGCCAGAUGUUCCAAAGUUUAGUAAGGAUAUUCUCAGUUUUGGCCGGCACGGUGCAGCGGGUGCGGAACCGGCAGAACCUGACGCCAACGGUUUCUCUAUCCCUAGGAGGCCCGUUAAACCAAAGGGAGGUAGCAAUUCACAGGGUACCGGUAGUAAACCAGAAGUAUCUACUAGUAGCAGCCCACAGGCAACAAAAAAAUCACAGGGAGCUGGUAAAUCACAGGGAUUAAACAAAGCCCAGGAACCUACCAACUCUGUCAGUGCAAAAGCUACUGCUUUACCUGUUAGCAAGUCACCACGCGGUUCUCAAAGGCGGCAAUCAUCACGUGGCUCUGCCCCCAGCAGACGAUCACCACUUCCUCGCAUCCAGGAAGAUGUCGCCUGUACCGAGACGCCUGGCGCCUGGUCGCCUGGUCGCCAUAAACGCGCUUCCAGCGUGGGCAGUGAAGAUGUGAACGUAGAUAAUGAUUUGUUAUCUGUUCCAGACCACCCACCGCCGGUAACUAGGCACCCGCGCGUGCGCUCGCCCUACCCCAGUAGAUCUAGGCACCACAGCUCUGGGAAACCCCGUAGAUCUGGCCAGUCUCACGGGAAAACCCCAAACGGUCCCAGAAGCGGAAGAAACUCUGCAGUUUCACCCGUUAACCAAGAGGAGCCGAGUGGCUCCGGUCUAGAUGAAAGGCAGGAGUCGUACCUACGUGCUCCAAGCCCACUGGAAAUAGCAGAGGCGAUUAACGAGCUAUCCAGUAAUUUAACCUCACACAGUCACGCGCAUUCUUUUCCCGCGGGUCAGAAACACGGAGGCCCCGCUUACAGUGUUGAAACUGAGUCACUGAAAAAUCCUCAUGGACUGAAAGUUAACCACAAAACUCACGCCAGCGGUGAUGAAUUAGAUGCUUAUACACAGGGUAAAGCCACCAAAUCGGAACAUAAUCAUUCCCAUCGAAGAGAACAAAAAGAAAGGGAAAAUAUUAAGCGCCAGGAAGAGCAACUGACAAAGAGCGGAAACCAUGAAAAGCAUGGCGCCAACCAAAACAGUCCGGAUCAGAUAAAACGAAGCCCACCUAAACAGCGUGGCAAAGCCCUUGAAGAACACACAGCAGAGUCAAAGGGAUCAGUAGAAAAGAAGGAUUUUCUCCGAUCGCCUAGUGCGCGUACUGGGGUGGACGGUGACGUAGACAGCUAUUUAACGACGCCUUCCCCGUCAAGACACAACAAGACACCGGGUCCCAUUGAAAGUUCAGCCAGUGCUUCUUACAGCCCAGGGAAUAACUCCUCCGAGACAGAGCACCGUUCAUCCAGCAGCGCAUCGGACGAGCAACGUCAGCAAAAGGCCCUUGGUCACUCUGUGACGCGCGAGGAAGCGAGACCGCGAGACUACAGACUGUCACUCGCGGCAAGGCAAAGAAAAUAUUCAAGCAGUACGUCAGAGGACCAGAGCGGUUCCUUUGAUAGGCCAAAGAGUCGGCCGUCUCGACAGUCGCCAAAAUCUAAACACAGGGUCGUGCAAUCAGACGCAACUUUCUAUAGUAGCUCUCCUACUCAGAAAACUAAGAAAGAUCACAGAAAGGAUAUUCGGCCCAGUUCGUACGACUCAAGCACGCAUGGUUAUAGUAGAAAAGAAGCUCACCAUCUUGACGCAAGUCACGACCUCGAUAAAGAAGUGGAGGAAUACUCAGAUUGUCCGCAGAGUUCUUCCCUUUACGGAAAGCACUCACUCAACAGGCCUAAGUCCAGAGCAGCGUCUGCGCAGGGCCGGGUCGGUUCUUUAAGUGAAAAUGACGAUGAGACCGGUAACAGUCUACUAGUCCCAGAGGAAAGAGAUGUGCGCCGGAACACGUGGUCCAACACUGAAAAGAUGCGUGAUCAGCAGAAGCCUGAGAAAAGACCCGAAAGUGCCCCUCACAAACCGGGUCUGCCAGCCAGGUCUGUCAUAUAUUACCAAAACCGCUUCAUUACCGUGCCUCCGAAAGAAGUGACGAAGGGGGGGCCUGCAACCAACGGGAUCACUAAAAACGAGAAGACGGGCGUUAACCCAAAUCAGGAUAUUUCGAGUAAAGUUGUUCGCCCGGCAUCCGAGCCCCCGCCGUUGCUGCAGUCGCCCUCGUCAGAUUUAGCAAGGAGGCGAUCCGCUUCUCGUGCCAGUCAGAAAGGUACACGUGCAACCAAAGACAGCGAAAGUGAUCAGAACGGUUUAAAAAAUGGACAAGAUGCGAAUAAUGUUAAACAGUCCGACAGGGCUUCAUCUCCGCAAAAACGCAGAGAAUCUCAAAAAAGGGAUCAUAAUAUAGUUGCGCAAUAUGUCCCUGAUCCAAACGAUAGUGAAGUUAGCGACGCGUUUUAUCCUCCAGAAAGCGGUCAACGCAAAUCUAAAUAUACGCGCGCCUUUAGUGAGGACAUCGGCUGCGCAAACAGGCAGGCUGCGGGCAACAAUCGUGACGAUGACAGAAACGACGGGAAGUUUCCGGAUACGCGCAUGCGUCAAAUAGACCGAAAGAGUGCCCCUGAACUUACAGGAGAUGAGUACGACUCGAGUGAUUUUGAGCUUUUCUCGUUUGAGCAUUACUUCCGAGCUGCCACCCCACUAAGCCGGAGGCACAACAAAUCGGUUUCUGCAGUGGAAGCUGGCGGAGCAGACGAACGCGAUCGAUUGGCCCGCGAGGAUUUCCCCGCCAGCGGAGGUACUCAAUCAGCACAGCACGACGAGAUUGUGAAUAUCAAUGAGGCGGGUCGCAAUGACGAGAGUAUCGAGGAAUUGUUAUUAAAACAGCAGGGACAAGGAGCGUCUACGUUACAGCCUAAUGAUAAUAACAGUAAUAAUAAUAAUAAUUCCACAAUUUCUCCCGAGAUGGCGCUGGCCUCAAAUCCAAAAUCGGACCCUAGAAGUGACAUGGACGCCACCAGCGUCUCGAUGGAUAAUUUAGACGAUAAAAGAGAGGAUUCCAAAGACAGCGUUGCUUUAAAAUCCCACCGAAAACAGAACUCCACUCUGCAAAGAAUUUACAAACGUUUAGAGGAUAACAGACUGGAAGGCAAAGGAGGACUGGAUCGCAACAUUCUCAACCCAGGCACUGAUGAGUAUUUGCUAUUGAAAAAAAUUCUAAACAUUGUGUUCAUUACGGUGGGAUUGUUACUUCUCCUCGCCGUGAUUGGGGUGAUCAUUUACAUCAACGUAGCGAAACAAAAAUGAGCGGCUGCCUGAAACAGUCCCACUUCAUGUGACGUAACCAUUAACAGACCAGACAAGUUACAUUUCCAUGCUCUGACACCCACAACUUUAGGGCGCAGGGCUAACUCUGGGUAAAAGAGGAAAUAAAGAACCGCUAUCACACAAAGGUGGAACGCGUUUAAUGUUUAUGUCGUGUUCUUAAAUGUCGGCGAUAUCACAUGAUAUGACAUGGUAUGAUCAGCGUAAUGAAGAGCUUAAUGAUGAAAGAUCCUGAAAGAUUCUGCGUUUGUAGCAAAUGGACUACAUACAAAACGCCGGUUGGGGACGCUGCGAUAUCUCUUGACACAGCAGGAAAAUUGAUCAGACAAAAAUGUGUUUCCCGUGUCUCCUGACAUUAGAGGUGUUAGACGGUUACACUUUUUAAAACAGCAAAUGUACCGAACCUGGCACCUGCGUCUAGGGUGACUGCCUUCUAGCAUCAAAAGAGUCCAACGUACACUAUUUUUUAUGGCAGCAAAGGUGACAGACGUGAACCCUGCGUCUGCCAUGUCACAUGACAUAAGACACCAUGACAGGUUGUACCUUUUCAAUAGCUAGAACUCGGAUCCAUCAUAUGUUAGAUUCUAGGCUAGAAUAACAAUGUCUCACCAUGAUUGGACACGAGUGCCUGCGAACAACAUUAUUUAGGUGAUGGCCUGAAGAUCACCACAAUGGCGUCUCUUCUGACCCAAAAUGAUAUGGUGUUCAAUAUUGGACGCAUUUAGCGCCGUAUGCCAAAUAACAUUGAGACCAAUAACAUAAUAUUGAGACAGGAGGUAAAAACACGUGAAACGUGUUGUAUUUUGAUUGGAGCUGCCCUCUGCUCUUCGGAUCCGGCACCAUAAGCUCAAAUUAAUAAUUCAGAAAGAGUCUGGCCCAAUGACCGAACCAGACAAGAUAGUACCCCGAGUUUCAGUCAACGAUUGGUGGAACCCUUCUCUCUCUCUCUCUCUCUCUCUCUCUCUCUUUUGCCAUCAUGUCUCUAAAGUCACCAGCAAUCUCUGAACCUCAGGGUACCACAUGUAUCUAGCCUGGUUCAUUAGUGGUACACCCUGUGUUCCAGAGGUUACUGGAAACGCCUUAAUUAUCAACGUGCCUCUACCCGUUUCGGUACAGGUUUUAGCUUUUUCUGAAACUCGGGGCGGGAAGCCUGAUAUAAAUAUAUGUAUGCAUGUGGACAUUAAAUGGAUGCCACUGUCUUUCGGAAGACAAGAUGGAUUAAUAAUUUGAUUUUGAGAAAAAAGACAUGCAUACGUUAUAAAUAUCCGGUAUGAAUAUACAAAUCGAUUCGUGACUUGCGCUGGAAAUAUGUUCAUGGAAUAAUACCCGUCACGGUUUGUGUCCCUCUUCUUUGGUGCAUUUCAUAAGGAGCUUCCAUUUUCUACCCUGUCCCCAUGAUGAUUAAUAAAAUAAUGAUAUUUAAUUAAAUAAAUGUCAUACAUUACGUGAAGAUCGGAAAGCAUAGUCUUUGCAGUGGGGCACUAUUCCUUAAUGAAGUACACGUAUUUUGUCUCAUUCAUCUCGAUGAUGGAAAGAGAAGAACAGGCAGUAAAGUUCUUUAGCCUUUUCUAGUUAUUUAUACACUUGUGUCAUAUACGAAAUUUGGACAAGUAAGAAAGAUUAUGUGUAUAUACUGUGUGUAACCAAUCUUCAAGAUAACCAUUGCCUUUUUGGUAUAAUCAUAAGAUCACAUGUAUUAAUUUUUAUAUGAAAUUAAAAGAAAAAAG